AUGCCUGGUAUCCUAAUCGCCACAUGCGUGUGUCGGAGAGUUCCUGUGGAACAUUUCGGGCGGAACAACUUUCUGGCAUGCCUGCCAUCUAGCCGAAGGAACUCGUUUGUGAUGCAUGAUCUCUUGAACGACCCAGCAGCGUCAAAUGAAGUGUGCCUACCUAGUUCCACAUCUACUCUAUACAACUUAGAGACCUUGAUACUGAGAGGUUGUCAACAAUUGGUGGAAUUGCCUAGUUGGAUCAACAAGCUAAUUAACCUGAGAUACGUCGAUAUUAGUGGAACCUGGUUUUUGAUGAAGAUGCCAAGAGGGAUGGGCGAUUUGGUUAAGCUGGAGAUACUCCCUAAAUUCAUUGUUGGGGCUGACAGUGGACCGACGCAUAAAGAAUUGAAAGACCUGCAGUUUCUUCUGGAGGAGCUUACGAUUCACAGUCUACAUGAGGUGGCAGAAGUCGGAGAUGCAAGAGAUUCUGCUUUGAAUGCUAAGCCAGGGUUGACUUCUCUGAUUUUAAUCUGGGCGCUGGAUGAAGGCCCUGCCAAUACGACAGACGUGACAAGUCAAACACAGGUCCUUGACUGCCUUCAACCUCACAUCAAGAUAAAGAAUCUUGAGAUUGAUGGUUACAGAGAAAAACAGACUUUACCAUCAUUGGGGCUGCUACCUUUGUUGAAAGAAGUGACAGUUCAAGGCAUGGAUGCGGGGUGUGCUGACGGAUCUGAAUUAUAUGGAAAUACGAUGAAGUCUUUUCCAUUUUUAGAGACUCUGGCUUUUGUUGAUAUGUACACAUGGGAACGAUGGUCUUUCUCUACUGGCAGCAUGCAGGGAAAUGGUCCAUUUCCACAGCUUCGCGAGUUGAGCCUGCAUAAUUGUCCGAAGUUGAUUAUUGAAGGGUGGCCUAGUCAAUUUCCGACUCUUGUAAACCUUGCAAUUGUAAGUUGUCCACUGCUGGAGACUCCCAUUGUAAUCGUCAGCCUGCCAUCUCUCGAGGAUGGUCAUUUUGGAGAUUGUGAUGGAAGAAUACUGAGAGAAGAGCCACCAAACGACAAGCAAAGUUAUGGGACUAGUCUCAAAGCGUUAAGGAUUCGGCACUGGUCGAAAGUGAUGUCCUUGCCAUAUGGGAUGACGAUGACGUACAAUCUCUUGGAGUUGGAGAUCCAGAAUUGUCCAUCGCUCACAUCAUUUUCAGGGGCCAAGCUGCCAUGCAGUUUGAGAAUUUUAGAGGUGCAGAAUUGCCAAAAACUGCAGCGCUUGCCAGAGGGAAUUGAAACUGCCCCUAGGUCCAACCGUGAUGAUUACUCGAGUAAGAGCAGCAAUGGAGGGGACAGUAGUGCAAUGAGGGUCAGCCUCCUCUGCUUCAAGAGCUAA